AUGUGGAGGGAGAAUGCAGGGAUAAAGCUGGCAAAGAUGAGGAAAAUUGGCUGUGCUCUCCUGGUACUCCAAGCUCUUCUGGCGCCUUUCGAUCUUGUUCGUGGAGCGGAGAAAAGUUAUCCCAUCCUGAACAUUGCAGUGAUUCUGGGAAGGACCAAGUAUAUCACAGAGAGAGAUAUCAGAGCUCUCUGGACCAGGGAAAUGUCAGCAGACCUGACUGUUGAUGUCAAUGUAGUGACCCUUCUGGUGAACCAGACUGACCCUAAGAGCAUCAUAACACAUGUUUGCGACUUGAUGUCAGGCACCAAGAUCCAUGGAGUGGUUUUUGGAGAUGAUACUGAUCAGGAGGCAGUAGCUCAGAUUUUGGAUUUUAUUUCAUCUCAGACUUCUAUUCCAAUUCUUGGAAUUCAUGGCGGGGCCUCCAUGAUAAUGGCAGAUAAGGAUGUGAUGUCCACAUUCUUCCAGUUUGGGGCUUCCAUCCAGCAAGAAGCCAUCAUCAUGCUGAAGAUCAUGCAGGAUUAUGACUGGCACGUAUUCUCUCUGGUGACCACCACCUUCCCUGGAUAUCGAGACUUCAUCAAUGUCAUUAAGACCACAGUGGAAAAUAGUUUUGUGGGCUGGGACAUGCAGAACAUCAUCGUACUCGAUACCGCCUUUGGAGAUGCCAAGACCCAAAUUCAGCUGAAGAAAAUUCAUUCAUCUGUCAUUCUGCUAUAUUGUUCCAAGGAUGAAGCUGUCUACAUACUGGAUGAGGCUCGUUCCCUGGGCCUUACUGGCUAUGAUUUCUUUUGGAUAGUUCCCAGCCUGGUUAGUGGUAACACAGAAAUCACUCCCAAGGAGUUUCCUUCAGGACUUAUUUCAGCAUCUUACGAUGAAUGGGACUACAGUUUAGAAGCUCGGGUACGGGAUGGCCUUGGGAUUAUUGCCACUGCUGCAUCAGCCAUGCUGGAAAAAUACUCCUUCAUUCCUGAAGCAAAAACUAGCUGCUAUGGACAACUGGAGAAAAAUGACCGGCCAUCUCACACCUUGCACAAGUUUAUGAUGAAUGUGACUUGGGAAGGUAAAGAUUUGUCCUUCACAGCAGAUGGUUAUCAGGCACACCCCAGGCUGGUGGUGAUAGUACUGAACAACGAUCGCGAAUGGGAAAAGGUGGGGAAAUGGGAGAACAACUCACUGAGCCUGAAGUACUCUGUCUGGCCAAGGUACAGCUCUUUCGCAGACAGCGACCCAGACGAUAACCAUUUGAGUAUUGUCACCCUGGAGGAGGCUCCCUUUGUCAUUGUUGAGGAUGUGGAUCCUUUGAUGGAAAGUUGCCAAAAAAACACUGUGCCAUGUCGUAAAUUUGUCAAAAUUAACAACUCAACGAAUGAGGGAACUAACGUAAAGAAGUGCUGCAAAGGAUUCUGCAUCGAUAUCUUGAAGAAGUUGUCUAAAACUGUCAAGUUCACGUAUGACCUGUAUUUGGUGACUAAUGGGAAACAUGGCAAAAAAGUCAAUAAUGUGUGGAAUGGAAUGAUUGGUGAAGUGGUAUAUCAUCGUGCAGUUAUGGCUGUGGGGUCUCUCACUAUUAAUGAAGAGCGGUCUGAAGUGGUUGACUUUUCAGUGCCAUUUGUUGAGACUGGGAUUAGCGUCAUGGUGUCACGGAGCAAUGGCACAGUUUCACCAUCUGCUUUUCUAGAGCCUUUUAGUGCUUCUGUCUGGGUGAUGAUGUUUGUGAUGCUUCUCAUUGUGUCUGCCAUGGCUGUCUUUAUAUUUGAGUACUUUAGUCCUGUAGGAUAUAACAGGAACUUAGCACAAGGGAGAGAUCCCCAUGGACCAUCCUUUACCAUUGGAAAGGCAGUGUGGUUACUCUGGGGCUUGGUAUUCAACAACUCUGUGCCUGUGCAAAACCCCAAAGGGACAACAAGUAAAAUCAUGGUGUCGGUUUGGGCUUUCUUUGCUGUCAUUUUCCUGGCUAGUUAUACUGCCAACUUAGCUGCAUUUAUGAUUCAAGAGGAAUUUGUUGACCAAGUGACUGGAUUGAGUGAUAAAAAGUUUCAAAGGCCGCAUGAUUAUUCACCUCCUUUUCGAUUUGGAACGGUCCCAAAUGGAAGCACAGAAAGGAAUAUCAGAAACAACUACCCUGAUAUGCACCUUUACAUGACAAAGUAUAAUCAGAAAGGAGUUGAAGAUGCCUUGGUCAGCUUGAAAACUGGGAAGUUGGAUGCUUUCAUCUAUGAUGCAGCAGUGCUGAAUUACAAGGCUGGAAGAGACGAAGGCUGCAAACUUGUCACAAUAGGGAGUGGAUACAUCUUUGCCACUACAGGCUAUGGAAUAGCGCUUCAGAAAGGAUCACCUUGGAAGAGACAAAUUGAUCUAGCCCUACUUCAGUUUGUUGGAGAUGGGGAAAUGGAAGAGUUAGAAACCCUGUGGCUGACUGGUAUUUGCCACAAUGAGAAGAAUGAAGUCAUGAGCAGCCAGCUGGACAUUGACAACAUGGCAGGAGUGUUUUACAUGCUUGCAGCAGCCAUGGCACUCAGUUUAAUAACCUUUGUCUGGGAGCACUUAUUUUACUGGAAACUUAGAUUCUGCUUCACUGGAGUCUGCUCAGAUAGGCCGGGAUUGUUGUUCUCAAUCAGCAGGGGUAUUUACAGUUGCAUUCAUGGAGUCCACAUUGAAGAAAAAAAGAAGUCUCCUGACUUUACUUUGACCAAUUCCCAAACCAACAUGUUAAAACUACUGCGAACAGCGAAAAAUAUGACCAAUAUCAAUCCUUCAAGAACUGACUCCCCCAAAAGAACAGCUGAUUUUAUUCAUAGGGGUUCCUUGAUUAUGGACAUGGUCAUGGAUAAGGGAAACUUGAUAUUUUCUGAUAACAGAUCCUUUCAGACAAAGGACAACUUUUUUGGUGACAACAUGAGUGAACUGCAGACACUUCCUGGCAAUCGACACAAGGACAAUCUUAACAACUAUGUUUUCCAAGGUCAGCAUCCUCUCACACUGAAUGAGUCCAAUCCAAAUACAGUAGAGGUUGCAGUAACAGCAGAAGCAAAAGUGAACUCCAGACCCAGGCAGCUUUGGAGGAAAUCUGUUGAGUCUUUACGUCAAGAAUCUGUACGUCAGAGCCAAGGUUCCCAGAGAGAAAACGGGUCAGAUGAAAACAGGCAGCUUUCAGUGAAAAGCCAAAGAUACCUUCCUGAAGAGAUUGCCCAUUCAGAUGUAUCAGAGACAUCAAGCCGAGCUACUUGCCAUAUGGAACCUGAAAACAACAACAAGCACCACAAAACCAAGGACAAUUUUAAAAAAAGGACGGUAGCAUCAAAAUACCCAAAAGAUUGUAGUGAAGUGGAACUGACAUAUCUGAAAACCAAACAGAGCUCUCCAAGGGAUAAAAUCUACACGAUUGAUGCUGACAAGGAGCCAGGAUUCCGCUUGGACACACCUCAGUACAUCGAAAACAUUGUCCUUCCAGAAACUGUAGAGUUUCCUGAUGUUUAUCAAGAUCACAAUGACAACUACAGGAAAGCAGAACAUGCUAACAGGACUCCCUUGCAUAAUGAAGACAGUCUUCCAGAUAAUGACCAGUAUAAACUUUAUGCAAAGCACUACACUUUAAAAGAUAAAAACGCUUCCCUAGUUGACAUGAACGAUAGAUACAGACAGAAUUCCACCCACUGCAGGAGUUGUCUUUCCAAUUUGCCCACUUAUGCGGGACACUAUUCGAGCAGAUCUCCCUAUAAAUGCGAUGCAUGCUUGCGGAUGGGGAACCUCUAUGAUAUUGAAGAAGAUCAGAUGCUGCAGGAUACAACGAACUUAUCAAUUCCUGAAGAAAUAUAUGAGCAUAGUUGGUCACAAAAUAAUGCUCUGCAAUAUCAUAAAAAAAAUAAGCUGAGGAUUAGCAGGCAACAUUCUUUUGAUAAUAUCGCUGAUAAGUCCAGGGAAGUUGAUAUUGGAAGACCUUCUCGUAGUAUAAGCUUGAAAGAAAGAGAGAAAUUUCUACAAAGUAGUCCAUAUGCAAGCAUGUUUAGUGUUCCCUCAAGCAAACUGUUGAGCAACAAGGCCUCGCUUUUAACUCACUCUCUAGAGGACAGUAAGCGGAGCAAGUCCCUGUAUCCUGUUCACUCAGAUGAUAAUCCCUUUCUGCACUCGUAUCGUGAUGACCAGCACUUAUCUCUUAGGCGAAGUCCAGCUGAUUUUUAUAAACAUUCAUUACCAACAAGAGGAAGAAAUGAUAAUUAUUUAAGGUCAUCCAUAAAGUCUACAGCAUCAUACUGUUCCAGGGAUGGUCGGAUCCAUAAUGACAUGUACAUUUCAGAGCAUGUUUUGCCUUACGUUGCAAAUAGGAAUAGCUUGUACUCAACUCCAAGGGUUUUAAAUUCCUGUAGCAAUAGACGUGUGUAUAAGAAAAUGCCUAGCAUUGAAUCAGAUGUUUAAAUUUUCCAUUAACACUUUAUAUAUAGGGAAAAAAUAGUUGCCACCAUCUUAGAGGAAGAAUUUAUCCUUUAACAGUAUCCUGCUAUGGUAAAUGAUACGUAAACCUCUCCCUUUCCCAAUGUACUUUUGUACAUGAAUAAGUAAACUAGUAUGCUCUUAACUAUCCUUUUAAAAUGUCUUGUUAAAAAGGAUAAAAAAUAGCCAUUUAUCUAUGCUUUAUAUAUAAAUGGCAAGCUGUACUGAAAUAGCCCCAAUAUAUGUUGGCAACUAUGCUGCUUUGUAUCUAAUUAUUUUACUAUUUCGGUUAUUCUGAUUUAUGUUGCUAAGUAUCAUU